UUCAGAUUCCCCACCCAUCUUAUAAUACACAUGUUGCCUGGUUUCAAAGCAAUAUGAUGAUGUUUUGUAACAUAUGGACAAUUCACUCUAUAUUGAUUCCGUAUAACAAAAUCUUACACAGAAAAGUGUUGUUAUGAAGUAUUUGUACAUCUUAGUCAUUUACGGAUUUAUAUUUCUCUUAACAGCCUUACAAAUGCAGUAUACUAUAAUAAAAGGAUUAUUAUGGAGUUUAUUUUUCUUUUGGCUAAUACGACCUGUACUAACUGGUAUUACACUCGACAACUCUUGUGGUAUAACUAGAGGAUGUUAUCAUGACUGUACCUCAAGCGGUUGUAGUUUUCUCAUCAUGUGGUUUUACAGACCGGAAAUAAAAGCCAUAGAGUUUACUAUGAAGAAAAGCUUCAGCGAUAUAUAUAGACAACAAUGGUUUGCUAUGGGUUUCUCGCAUGAUGAACGCAUGGGAGAUGACAGUGUUAUUGAAUGUGUCAGUGAUCCUGAUGUACGUAUUUGGGCAGAUGCCAGGCACUCGUACAAUGACAAUCACUACAAUGUGGAGAUCAGUCAUCCAAAGAUCGGAUUACGUGAAAUGUCAGGAUCUAUGCGUGAUGGGAUAAUAACCUGUAACUUUACAAGACUGGUCCGUGUGGAGGAUAUAGAUAGCAUAUUUAAUCUGGAUAAACCUUGGUAUCUACUCGUCACUAAUGGAUAUAUGGAUAAUGGUUCGAAGUUAAAGCACGAGUUGUACCCAAAUGAACCGUUUAUUUCACCUUAUAAAGUAGACUUUCAGAAACAUGAUGAUGUAACAGGCCGGAAAAUACACUACUUGGUCAGAGUACACGGUUGUUUGAUGGUAUUUGCCUGGAUGAUAUUGGCAAGUGCCUCAAUAAUUUUGGCUCGAUAUUACAAACACCAAUGGCCUGAAGGCCGGGCGUGUGGUCGCAGAAUAUGGUACCAGGUACACAAGGUUAUAAUGCUGUCAGUAUUGAUAUGUGUAACUGCAUCAUUUAUUGUUAUUUGGAUUCAUACAAAGGGAUAUGCAAAGUUAAAAGGAGCCAAUGUUAUUCAGAAAGCACACCCAACGCUUGGUAUAAUAGUUAUGGGACUAACAGUUAUAAAUCCUUUAAUGGCAUUUAUACGUCCAAAAUCAGACACAGCUACUCGCCCAAUAUUCAAAUAUGUACAUGGAUUUUUAGGGACGACUGUUUACGUAAUUGCAAUACUGAACUGUAUUCUCGGUGUUACCUUACCGAAUACAUUUGUUCCCUGGUAUACAAUGUGGAUCAUUAUAGCAUUCGCUAUCUAUCAACUAGUUUUUGAAAUUAUGAUGGAAUCUUAUGAAUGCUUUUUAAUUAAAACAGGUCGAAAAUCAGAUUACGAGAUCAGAGAAAUGUCUGCCAUUAGGAACUCAAUCACCAAGAUUCCAGCACCUCCGGGAUCUUUGCUGAAGAACAUUUUAAUCGGUUUCCAUGUUUUAGUGUUAUUUGGAUUUGGAAUAACGAGCAUAGUUACGAUUGCUUUGUGAAAGCAUAAACACUUAAAAUGUUCUACAAUUGAAAAGGACAACGGGAACGGGAACGGAAGAACUGCUGGUCAUUGAUUUUACGUUAAAACCCUCCGCUUGAAGCGAACAGUACAGAUAUUCACACCGACGUUGUAUGCUACUCCGAAGUGGCAAACAAACUUGAGAAUACAAGUUAUUAUAAACCUAAUGCCAAACAAAUAUACUAUAUAGAUAAAGAUAAUGUCAGGUUCAUGGACCAAAUAAAAUAAUAUGGAUACUUAAAUACAACAUUUACAACGUUACAAACGCUUUGAAGUAAAAUCAUAUCCAUACAUGCCACAGGCAAUAGAUGUGCUCUUCUGUGUUACACUAUGAUCAUGCUUAGGCACUACUGACGAUAUGUCCAAGUUACUAAGCUCCAAGCUAAUCAGUCUUUUAAGUGUUCACUCCAGCAUUGAAAUUAGUAAGGACGAUAUAUCUUUUUAUUUAGAAGACUUAUCAUAUGUAAUCUUCCUGACUUUAUAGAGGAUCCUGAUCAUGUGCUAAUGUUAUUUCUUCCUAGCUGCAGUAGGUUUGUUCUCCAAAAUAUCCGAUCUAUUUUUGUACCAGUGUUAAGUGUACAUAGAGGAUUUUUGUAAUUUUGCGGUGGUAAUUCUGCAAGAUGUCAUGGUACUAAUACCUGCACAUUUUUAGUUUAUAUACCAAAACAUUGGGUUGAAAAUUAGCCUCUGUGUUUGAUUAUUCUAUCUGUCAACCUCAGAUUAAAUUUUGUUAUACAUGUAUUUGAAAUCUUGGAGGUUCUAUUCUCAAUAAAAUUAUAUAGCUUUUAACGUUUUGUCUGUUAGUGUACGGGCAAAGGCGAAGAUUCUGCUUUCAAUUUAAAGCUCAUUUGUUGCUUGCAGUAGGGUAUUAUAUACCGUAAGUUUCAAUUCUCUUUCUUUCGCUUAAAACACAUUGAAGGUAAUAUCUACUUUUUGCUUACCUGAAAGGAAUGUUAAGGGAGAGCUAUAAGAAUAGUUUACUCCUGAAGAUCCCGCAAACGGGUGAAACCGGUCGAGUUACAUUAUUUUAUACUACUUAAUUGGAUUGGAAUUAUUAAAUAUGUAAAAAAUAU